GCCGCAGGGCCCAAAUACGGGACAAAAGGCCCGACCCUCGUGUGUAGGUGUGCCCUGUCCCACCUACGCCCCUGACCAUCGGACCUCCCCUCCUCCUUUUCCCUCCUUCGGUUCCUUCCCCCCCCCCCUCCUCCCCUCCUCCGUAUUCACCUCCGUCACAAUGGGUCGUGGUCUGCGCACCAACACCAAGUUCAUCAACCCCAAGAAGGUUGUCCGCGAUCGCAUCCACGCGAAGCGGGACUCGAGCGGCAUUUCCCGCAGCCGGGCCAUCUCCAACCCGAACGCCAACACCACUCUCAGUGGUAAGGCCGCCCGCCGCCUGCGUAUUGCCGCCAAGAACGCCGAGGCUGACAAGGUCCGCAAGGCGAUGCUCGCGGGCGCCGCCGCCGCGCUGAAGGCCUCCGCCAUGGAUGUCGAUGGCGCUGCCUCGAAGAAGAAGGCCCAGUCCACUACCGCCACCGAUGCUGCCCCCUCGGGUGACAAGGACAUGGCCGCCUCUGAGUGAGCACCCACCCCCCUAGAGAGAGCCUUCCACUCUGUCUCUGUCUCUGUCUCCCCUCCAGUUUAGAUCCCCGAACGAAAUGUACAAUAUUCCCCGAGAAUCAGA